AUGAUAUUCCACCCAUCCAGUGGUAAAGCAACCAUAAUUGACCAUUUUGAUCAGUACCGGUCCCGAGCAGCAGAUCAACAUAUUGAUCCUCCGAUCGAUCAAUGUCCCUGGCGUCCCUUCUCAUCCCGUCGGGAUUUUGACAUCGCAGAAUUUGUCCUAGAUGCUGCACUUAGUGAAAGGCAAAUGGACAAGUUUUUCAAGCUGUUGAAAUCCUCGGCACUAGAUGAGGUGCACCUUACUCCUUCAGAUAUCAAAACUAGAAAGGAUGUGAAAACUAGCUGGGACCGUGCGGCAAACUUGGUUACUCCUUUUGAAAAGCAUACCUGUUCUAUCAAGCUUCUCGACAAGGAAGUUUGCUUUGACGUUUAUCGCUUGAAUCUAUGGAACUGGAUACUAGAACUUGUCAAGGACUCUACACUGGAGCCGCAUUUUGUUUGGGAUGCUACCCACUUAUCAAAGUGGAAUGGGACCACGUUUGAAAGGUUUGUCAAUGAACCUUGGACCGCCCAAGCAUUUUGGGAUCUCCAAACGGCCCUGCCAGAGGGUGGAAAGCCAUUGUACAUUAUCCUGUAUGCAGACAAAACCCGUCUAUCAUCAUUUGGGACUGCACAAGGUUAUCCAGUAGUGGCGCGUUGUGGAAAUCUGCCCAUUCACAUUCGGAAUGGAAAAGGAGUUGGCGGUGGACGUGUUGUUAGUUGGUUGCCAGUGAUAAAGGAGGAUCCAAAACAUACCGGAAAGAAAUAUUAUGUUGAUUUCAAGCAUCGUGUAUGGCAUACGGCGAUGAAGUAUGUUCUGGAAACAAUGGUUGAUCCCAGUAGGUUUGGGGCUUGGAUUCACCUUUCCCUCGCAAAACGAGAUCUCCAACUCUUUCCACGAUUUCCUAUUUUAUCAUGCGACUAUGAGGAAGCGGCAAUGAUGGUUCUGAUACGAGGCGUUAAUGGUGACGCACCAUGUCCAAUUUGCCUAGUUCCCAAGCUAGAACAAUAUAAUCUGGAGAUGGAAUAUGAACUCCGAACUUCUGAACGUACCAGAGAAAUUCUUCAAAGGGCCAGAGGACUUAGGACCCAGGAAUUGCGGGAUGAUUAUCUUGGUGAGUUUGGGCUGCGAAACAUCAAUAACGUCUUUUGGACUAUUGAGGCAUGUGAUCCAUUCCGGUCCCUUUCUUGGGAUAGGCUACACGCCUUUCAGGAUGGUCUCUUUGGGCAUCAUCUUCGAGGAGAACUUGUCCGUCGUAUCAAAGCUCUUGGACAUGCUUAUGCUAGUCAAGCUGAUAAUCAAGUUCAAAAGUUUCCUCGUUGGAGGGAUUUGAAUCAUUUUGAAAGUGGCUUCAUGGCAGUUACCUUCACCGAUGGCACUAAGUAUGAGGAUCUAUCAAAGCAAAUUAUAUUUGUCACGCACAACAUACUCAGCGAGACACAGGACAGCCAUGGAUAUCAUUUAUUGAAGUGCAUCCGUAGCUACCUUGUUCUCAAUGUGUAUGCAGGGUUUACUCUUCAUACUGAAAGUUCUAUAAAGGCUCUCCGAGAGGAAAGCACCAAAUUUGGAAAGCUGAUCAAGGUGAAGCACGAGAAACCAAAGUCUUGGAACUUUCCGAAGGUACAUUCACACCGGCAUCUCCCUGACGACAUUCUGGCAAAAGGAGUAUCCCGGAAUUACGACACCAAGCCCAAUGAAAAUAUGCAUGGUCCACUCAAGGAUGCAUAUCAGCUAAGGACGAACUUCAAAGAGGUCGCUGAGCAGAUCCUCCGAAUAGAUUCAUGGUGCAAUGCCACAGGCUUUAUACAGCAGCAAAUCGACCAGGCAGAUGAAGAAAUAGAGGACGAGAUGGAAGAACAGCCGCAUGAUUACUCUGGAAAAGCCACAUUGCAUGGAAAUCGUGGUAAAGGGGGCGGAAUGAUGUCGAUAAAGGAGUUGAUGGAUUCAAAGCAGGAGGAUAUAGCCUUCAAAAAGUUUUCGGAAAAGCUAUCAAAGUAUGUGAAGGAUUUGUUUAAAGACCUACCCCACGUUGUUCCUGUUAUCUGGCUCUAUGGAACAAUCAAAGUCAACUAUGAAAGCACUGUGAACUGGACGUUACUUACUGACAUUUUGCGGUGUAGUCCCAACUUCCACAACCAUCCAAGAUAUGACUGCGUAAUUGUUAAGGAUGAUGAUGGUCCAUAUUUUGCUCAACUUGUACAGGUCUUUACCUGCAACAUUGGUGGCAAAGAUUUUCCGCUCGCCCUCAUUCAACCAUUUACGGAGGCAGUCAGCCUGACUACAGCAAAGCUCGAUGAAGACCUUGGCUUUUAUCGUGUCUCUGCAAAGAAAAGAGAUGAAUGUAUUUUCAUAUCGAUUUAUUCCAUUAUCCGAGGUGCGCUGUUGGUCGAGGACUUUGGAUUUAACAGAGGUUCCACCAACCAGUCCAACCAGUCCAAAGAGUACUUAGUCGUGGACAUUGUGGACGAGGAUAUGUAUCUCCGCAUGAAGGCAUUGGCCUACAUAGGCAAAAGGCAUUGA